AUGUCACAAAGGAGAAAAGUUCCUGAAGGUCAACUUUGUGAUGUUUGUAAUGAUAAAGCCACUGGCUAUCAUUAUGGUGUUGCAAGUUGUAAUGGGUGUAAGACAUUUUUUCGACGGACAGUUGUAUCUGAUUUGAAAUUUACAUGUCAAUUUAAUGGAAAUUGUGAUAUUGAUAAAAAUGUUCGUUGUGCAUGUCGACAUUGUCGUUUUGAAAAAUGUUUAGCUGCUGGUAUGGAUGCUAAUGCGAUUCAGAAUGAUCGUGAUAGGAUUAGUUCUUCUGUUAAAAUUAAAAGAGAAGAAACACCUUCUAAUGUUAGCAUGCCAUAUAAUACUUUAAUUGAUUCUUAUAAUUUUAAAAGAGAAUUGAACUUUGAAAAUUGUAAUCCAGAUUCGUCGUUAGUAGAAAAUGUACAAGAUGUUGAAAUUAUGAAUAAAUUAGCACGUAUAGAAAAUUUGUGCAAUGAUUUAAGAAAAAAAGCAAUAGCUGAUGAUUUAACAGCUAAAGAAAUUUUACCAAGACCAAGUUUACUUUUUGAAACUAAUAAAUUACCUGAUGAUGCAGGAACUACAUUUAGAGAAUUCUAUCCAGCUUCAAUGAAUGAUGUACAGAUGUGGAAUAUUAGAGAACUGCGGUUAUGUUUAGAGUGGGUUAAAGUAUUUCCCGAAUUUAGAGAGUUAUCGUCCGAUGAUCAGUUUGCUCUUGUACAUAAUUUUGCUUUUACAUUUAAUAUUUUAAAUAGAGUAUUUUACUCAAUAGACAACGGUGAAGAUAAAAUUGUUUAUCCAAACGGUGCAUACAUUUUACGUCAACCUCAAGAUGAGGUUAGAAUUCCCGGUUGUAGAUCAAUAUACCACCGUCAGAUGGAUGAAAUAAUGAUUCCUUUACGUAAAUUAGGUGUAGAUAUGAAAGAAUUCGCAGCAUUUAAAUUUAUUCUUCUCUUCAAUCCAGAUGCUUCUGAUCUUAGUCAAUUUGCCAAACCAUUAGUUGAAACUACCAGAGAAAAGUACAUUAGAAUAUUAUUCAAUUAUAUUAUAUGUAAAAAUGGUGUUAAUGAGGGUGGAUCACGAUAUGGUAAAUUACUUUUAAUGACAUCAUCUAUUCAACAAAUAAUUGCUCAAAAUGAAGAGAAUAUGCAAGUAAUGGAAGUUUUUGGCCAUUUCUGGAGAAUAAAUCAAUUUGUCAAAGAAUUAUGUAUGAAAGCUAGAGAAAACGAUAGGCAGUAA